UACUUACUCUUCUGAACAGAACAAAAUUAAGUUGUUGCACUUUCCUUGGUAGGAUCAUCAUAGUCGCUUGUUUCAAGUAAAAAAAAAACAAACAGAAACAAACGACACUCUCUUCUCUUUAUUACUUCGGUACCACUUUUCCUUUUCCUACGCUUAUCUUAAACAUGAACUCAAAACUAAUUGUUGUUGCAACUUUUCUCGCACUCUUCGCCAUAAUCUAUUCUUUAUUCGACCCAAAAUACCUCUUUACACCUGUUCACAUUCCUGGAUCCAAGGACCAUCUUCAUACUUCUCGUUUAAUUAACGUCACCGGUGCUGUUGGGCCGGAAAGUCUUGUUUUCGAUAGUCACGGUGAAGGUCCGUACACCGGUGUUGCUGAUGGUCGGAUUCUGAAGUGGGAAGGAGAAGAACGUGGUUGGAUUCAAUUUGCUGUCACAAGUUCCGAUAGGUCGGAAUGUGUUCGUCCAUUUGCACCAGAGUUGGAGCAUAUAUGUGGGAGGCCACUAGGUCUAAAGUUUGAUAAGAAAAAUGGAGAUUUGUACAUUGCUGAUGCCUACCUUGGCCUCAAAGUAGUAGGACCUGAAGGUGGUUUGGCCACCCAGGUAGUAACAGAAGCUGAAGGACAGCCCUUUUACUUCACCAAUGACAUGGACAUCAGUGAAGACGAAGAUGUGAUUUACUUCACUGAUUCAAGCACAGUCUACCAUAGAAGGCAAUUUAUGCUUGUACUUCUUAGUGGAGACAAGACAGGGCGGUUAAUGAAAUACGAUAAGUUGACAAAAGAAGUGAAGGUCUUAUUAAGUGGUCUUGCUUUUCCCAAUGGUGUUGCGUUAAGCAAAGAUGGUUCAUUUCUUCUAGUAGCUGAAACCUCGACUCGCAAGAUUUUGAGGCUUUGGCUUCAUGGACCUCAUGCUGGCCAAGUUGAUACUUUUGCCGUUCUUCCAGGUUAUCCAGACAAUGUAAGGAGAAAUUCAGAAGGAGAGUUCUGGGUUGCUUUGCAUGCCAAAUACACUCCUUUUGCAAAGUGGACUGCUGCAAAUCAAUGGGCUGCUAAAGUUUUGUUAAAGUUUGGCAACUUCAAGCAGUUGCAAAAGUCGUUGGCGCAGAAGCCUCAUGCUGCAGCUAUAAAGCUGAGUGAUGAAGGGAAAAUAUUGGAAGUCUUGGAAGAUUGUGAAGGGAGGACCUUGAAGUUCAUUAGUGAAGUGGAAGAGAAAGAUGGAAAACUUUGGAUGGCAUCAGUGUUAAUGCCUUAUAUUGGUGUUUAUAGUUUAUAAGAAUGCAACGCGUAAAAUAAGUUUCUAGUUCUUGACUUAUAAGUGUUUAUUGGUUUAUGGAGGAGUUAAAUGAGAUAAUAAAAGUAAUUGAGUUAAAUGAGUGUUUAUUUCGACUUUUUUUAGUCAUUCAUGCAGAUUGUGUAGGAUUAUGAAAUACUGAGAGAUUGAUAAGUCAAGUUUUAUAAAAUUAUAGUUUGUUUCAUUGAUAAAGGUAGAUACACAAGCAGUUGUGGAGAAUUCUUGGUGGUGGAUUAACUUCAUGGUGUGUUAUGGCAUGGUUACAUUCAAAACCAGUAAAAAUAUUUCAAGGAAUGUUGCACUAUUUUCUUCUAUAA